UUUUGCCCUACACCUAAUUUUGGUCGAACAACUAUUAAAAUAAGACAAAGAAAAAACAAAAAGUUGCGGAUAACAUCAGCGGACAUGUGGGGAGAUAAUCAAAGAGUACCUAAAAUUCUAAUUUCAAAAAAUUCAAAAUAAAUAUAAAUAUUUUCAUUCCUAUAAAUAUUUUCAUUCCUAUAAAUAUUUUCAUUCCUAUAAAUAUUUUCAAAAAAUAAUCUCCAUGGGAAAUCACAAAAGACUGCGAGACGAAUCGAUUAGUUCUGUAAGUGAAACUGAUAAAACACCUAUUUUAACACAAACACAACUUGAGCAAAUCACCCACAAUGUUGUCCAACUUCUGACACCCAUUAUUGAAACAACAAUUAAAACAUUGUUUGAACAAUUACACCAGAAAUACAACAACAACCAACUCCCUUCCCAAACACAACAAUCAACUUCUCGAUGGGGAUGCCCCCCUAAUUCAAUGCCACCAAAAAUAAGACAAGCUGCGACAACAAUUGAGCAACUCCAACAACCAAAAUUUGACGAAAAUUUAAAAGAGCUUUAUAAAAAGAAGAGUUUUUAUGCGGUAAUUGAAAGGUUUCCAGAAAUGGAAAAUGAACAAGAAGACGUAAAAAAUAUUGAAAAAAAUGUUCAAAUAGUGGUGGAUAACAAAAAUUUUAAGGAAGAUAAGACUUUUGCUGUUAAACGACAUGGUGUUAAAAAGCAAAACAAACAUCACCGCAUCAUAAAAGUAAAAUUUUCUACACCAUCAGCUGCACAAUCGUUUAUCAGUCAAUACAGAACAAUUCAUCAACCAAUACUAGGUGGGCAUAGUCCCUUCGCAAGAAGGGACUUAACCCCACCAGAACUCCAACUACAAAACUACCUUAAACAGCAGGUUAAGGAGAUUAAUGAAAAAAAUGGAAAUGGAACUGCCUGUUAUCGUAAUCUUAAAAUUUAUUAUAAAAAGACAGUGAACACGGGCUAG